GCUGAACCUUUUGCAUAUUAAUGUUCUAAACACGCUGCUCCUGUCAUUGAGUCAAGCCUCCCACAAGUUCUUGGUAUUCUGUCCCUCCCCCUUUGUUGUAGGAGGGUCGUUUUGCGCCCCAGUUUGCGCUAUUCCUGCUUGACCGACUCCCCUCCGUUUACGGAGCCCAUAUAUCCUUCAAAAAAACGAUGUCGACAACAACGGGAGCGUUCCUUGCAGGCGGUAUUGCAGCAUGCGGAGCAGUCACAGUGACACACAGCUUUGAGACUGUGAAGAUUCGCCUACAACUGCAAGGCGAGCUGCAGGCAAAGUCUGAGGCCGUCAAGAAAUACAAGGGUGUGCUACACGGUAUCAAGGUUAUCCUACAGAAUGAGGGUCCCCGCGGCUUGUUUCGAGGAAUUGGCUCUGCGUAUAUUUACCAAGUUUUGCUCAAUGGCUGCCGUCUGGGUUUCUACGAGCCCAUCCGUAACGGGUUGACCACCGCCAUUUACCAAGACUCCCGGGUCCAGUCGCUUGGUAUUAACGUCUUCUCUGGUGCCACGUCCGGUAUCAUCGGAGCCGCGGCAGGCUCUCCAUUCUUCCUCGUUAAAACACGCCUUCAGUCGUUUUCGCCGUUCCUCCCUGUGGGUACGCAACACCAGUACCGGAAUUCUUUCGAUGGCUUGCGCAAAAUCUAUACCUCUGAGGGAGUGGGUGGAUUGUAUCGAGGAGUUGGAGCGGCCAUGGUGCGAACUGGCUUUGGUAGCUCUGUUCAGCUGCCCACCUACUUCUUUGCCAAGCGACGCUUGAUGAAGCACUUUGGAAUGGAAGACGGUCCUGGUCUUCACCUGGCUAGCAGUACCGCUUCCGGCUUCGUUGUCUGCUGUGUUAUGCACCCUCCUGACACUAUCAUGUCGAGAAUGUAUAACCAAACCGGUAAUCUUUACCAGGGAGUGUUCGAUUGUCUGUCGAAAACGAUUAGAACAGAGGGUAUUCUCGCGAUCUACAAGGGCUACUUUGCUCAUCUGGCUCGUAUCUUACCUCAUACUAUCUUGACUCUCAGCUUGGCUGAACAGACGAAUAAAUACAUGCGCACACUAGAGGACCGAUUCCUCUCGGACUCACUGAAGGCGCGGAUUUAAAUAAAAUCACCCGCAACAAAAACAUUGACACGCACAAGGAUUCGGCUCGAAGUGUCGCAAAAGAUACUGGGAUUUUAUAAAUGGCAAUGGUUUUUGCGCGGUUUGAUCAGGUAGAGCAUUUCGCAAGCUUGGCGCCUUGGGAAUGUAUGUAUAUAGAAGGCGUUUGUUUGAUAUUGGGUCGCCCGCCAUCUGAUGGAUUUUUUUUUUGUAAAUAUGAGUUGGUUAAUAAGGCAUUCAAAGAUGCGCAUUAA